UCAAUGGGUUUCCCUCGAUUCCUGUGUUGAAUUCUCUUACCUUUUUUCGAAAUUUAUAAACCCCCUUUUGCUUUUCCAUUUGAUACACAAUCUAUUUUCUUUUUGUUGAUAUUUUAGAGGGUGGUAGGGUGCUGAGGAAAUUGGUUAUUGCAUUUGAAGAAUCAAAAUUUCAAAAUAAUCAAGUGCCUAACUUUUAAGUCUAAGAAGAUUAGUAGAUAUGCAGAAGGUGAAGGUAAACAGCUAUUCACCCACUUGUGUUCUUGAGGAUUAUUUAAGAAGUUUGGAAUCAGAGACAGUUUCUUCAAAAGAAAGCACAUCCGGAAGUGAAGAUCAUCAAAAAGAUUCAAAAUCCUCAACAACAACAACAACCUCAAAAUGGAUUGAUUUUGUUCAUCUUGUGAAAAGCAAAUCAAAGAAAUGUUUGCCCACAUUUCAUCCAAUCAGUAGUGGCUUGCAAUUAUCAAGAAAAUUAAGUAGCAGUUUCAGAGAACACGUGGCCAUGAUUCCACCAUCUCCAAUGGCAGAUAUGAAUUACUUCAAGCCUCAUUGGAAGAAUUUCACCUUCUCACAGUUGCAAUCUGCCACCAACAACUUCUCAAAAGAAAAUAUGAUUGGGAAGGGAGGAUAUGCUGAGGUGUACAAAGGGGUUUUAAAAAAUGGGCAGCUUGUUGCUGUUAAACAACUGACACGAGGCCCUAUUGAUGAAAGAACAUCAAGCUUUUUAUCAGAACUUGGAGUUAUGGCUCAUGUUAAUCAUCCAAAUACAGCCAAAUUGAUUGGUUAUGGUGUUGAAGGAGGAUUACACCUUGUUCUUGAGUUGUCUCCUAAUGGCAGCUUAGCUUCAUGGCUUCAUGCUUUGAAGGAGAAAUUGGAUUGGGGUAUUAGGUACAAGGUUGCUUUAGGGACAGCUGAAGGUUUGCUUUACCUUCAUGAAGGAUGUCAAAGGAGAAUCAUUCAUAGAGACAUCAAGGCUGCAAAUAUCUUGCUUACACAAGACUUUGAACCUCAAAUUUGUGAUUUUGGGCUUGCGAAAUGGCUUCCGGAACAUUGGACUCACCAUACAGUUUCAAGAUUCGAAGGAACAUUCGGAUAUUUAGCUCCAGAGUAUUUAAUGCAUGGGAUAGUCGAUGAAAAGAUUGAUGUUUUCGCAUUUGGUGUACUUUUAUUGGAACUUAUUAGUGGUCGUAGAGCUCUUGAUUAUUCUCAACAAAGUCUUGUUUUAUGGGCGAAACCAUUGCUGAGGAAGAACAAUGUGAGAGAGCUGGUUGAUCCUGCAAUUGCUGAGAAUUGCAAUAAACAAGAAUUGCAUCGAAUGGUGUUGGCUGCAUCUUUAUGUAUACAACAAUCAUCCAUUCGAAGGCCUGAUAUGAAUCAGGUUUUACAGCUGCUAAAAGGGGAACAAGGUGGAUGGGAGUUUGCAAUGAAAAACUGUAGAAGAGGCUCAUCAUUGAAAAAACGAUAUGAAGAUCUUUUUAGUUCGGUUAAGUAUGGUAUGAUCGAAUCAAACGGGUUAAUCAGGCUUUGACAACAUGGAUAUGAUACGAUAUGGGUGAAAUUUUGAAGUAGAAAUCUUCUUCUAUAUAUAUGUACAUACAUAUAUACAUAUUACCUUUUUACUUUUGUAAAAUUAUAUGGUAUAGUAUUAAUUGUGAUCUUGCC